CAUCGCCCGAAUGGUUAAUAUUGAUUAUUACAGAUUCAAUUUGAAUAUCAAUCAUUUGACGGAUGCAAUAUUUCCAAUGGUUUACCGUCACUCUGUUGACAGCUUCAUAAAACAAAUUUUUCACAACAGACAAUUUGGAUGUUCUAUUGUUUGA